AUGGAGAUCCUCGUCCAUGUCUCUGCCCCGAGCAGCGCCGCGGAUGAUGUGCGAUACCGUGCCCAGAUCGCCGCCAUCAUGGCUCUUCAGCCAGUCUCCGCUGCUGCUACUCCUGCUACUUCUCUUGCUUCUCUCUCCGGGACACCCGCUCGCCCCGGUUCCCCUGCAGCUGCAGAUCCCCGACCUCAAUCUCCCUCUCCCUCUGGCUUUCCCUCCUCUCGCCCGGGCCAGGAAACUGGCCCAGGCACUGGUCCAGCCUCCGAUCUCCAGCGGGUCUCCAGUCCUGUUCGCUUGGACACCAUCGGGCCCGAGGCGCUGGCCCCGGCGCCUUUAGUUCGUCCGCAGCAAGAAACAGCGUCCACUUCCAAUUACCUUCCCACAUCCAGUUACAAUUCCCAAGAAAGUCUAGUCAGCGUCAUUCUAGACUCACAACCAUCGGAACAACCUCCAAAUCCUUCAUGGCCUGAAGACGAUCCUCGUGCCCCGACUCCACCCCACCCCCCUACCUACCGGCACUCGGCGCAAGCUAAAGCUAGCCUGGUCCCUGCACUACAAUCAGGCCUGGCUAGCCCUGGGCCACCCCCCAAACGCCGCCGUCUCGAAGCCGAGGCCGAGAGAGAGGCAGCCGCCCCCAACAUCACAACCACGGCUCAUGAGGCAUCGCUCCUCCACUCUCUCCCUAUCAAAAUCACUCCCCCACCGCCCCCAAUCUCCACCUCUCCCUUCAUCACCCACAUCACUCCAACCCUGUCCAUGCUCACUCAGCGACUCAAGCCGGAAAGAAUAUACAAACCUCUCCGACAAACUAGAGAUCUGGAUAAACUAGAACGGGGGUACUGGGCUCUCCGAAUUCCCAUUCACACAGCACCAAACCAAGACUCAAACCUAGCCCAGUCUUCUGCUGCUGCUGCUGCUGCUGCUACUUCACCCAACCCAACCCAAAAGCCCUGGGACAUCCCCUCCUUCUACCGCUUCUGGUCCUUCCUAUCAGACUUCAUCGGAAAAGACGCCCGAGCUGGCUGGGGCGUAUGGUGUAUCGUCGAGCAAAUCAAUAAAGCAGAUCCCACUGCUAGUUCCGAUACUAAAGAACAAUCACAAUCGCAAUCACACUCACUACCCUCAACUGCAUCAACUGAUAUAGACAAUCCCUCUCCCCCUCCUCCUUCCAAACACACAGGUACACAAGCUGCCACUUCCACUACCACCCCCAAAGACACUCCCAUCCCUGGACCUGAAUCUCUAUCCCUCUCGCUAAAAUUGUAUGCAUGGGGCGAAGUCGCAAUGCAUGUCUAUCUCCUGCUGUUCCUAGCGAGUGAGCGGAGGGUUAAAGGGAUGGGCGCUGAGUGGCGCGAUUCUGGGGAGAAGGUUGUCAUCAGUAUGCCGUGA